AUGAAGAAGUUUGAAGAUUUCAAACUCAAUCCAAAGGAGUCCAUAACUGAAAUGGAAGCUCGGUUCAUAAAGUUAUUGAUGGAAAUCAAUGAUCUUGAUGAGAAAAAGCUAACACAAAAGGAGAUAAACUUGAAGAUUCUCCGAGGACUACCCAAAAGCUGGGAAAUGAAAGUAGUAGCUAUGCGUGAUCAUAGAGAUCUCAAGACAAUGAGUACUACUCAGAUCUUUAGUGAUCUGAAAGCCUACGAGUUCGAGAAGGAAGCUCAAAAUGAUGAAGAACUUGAGACGAGAAAUAUAGCCUUAGUUGCAAAUCAUCAAUCUUCAUCAUCAACACCAAGGUUCAAAAGAUUCAUGCAAAAGAAUCAAUCCUAUGAUAACUCUGACAAGACGAGAAGAACGAAGUACCGAAACAAUGACAAGACUAGCGGAUCCAGAACACAUGAGAAGGAUGAAAUACAAGUGCUAUGUUAUAACUGCCGAAAACCUGGACACUUCAAAGCUGAAUGUCCAUAUCCCAUCGUCAAGAAGCAUCAGGAUGAGCACAACUACAAGAAAAAUUCGGGAAAUUAUCACAACCCGAAGAGUGCAUCAAAUAAUGCUGACGAAGAGCCAAACAAAAACCAGAAGAGUGAUAGGCGAAGGAAGGCUCUAGCUGUAGAAGAGAAGUCAGGAGAAAAGAACGACGAGUCAUGCACUUCCAGCUCCAGUUCAUAA